AUGCGAACUCAUUAUAAGAGUGAUUGGCAUAAACACAAUUUACACUUGAAACUCAAGUCACUCGAUCCCAUUUCUGAAUCCCAGUUUUUAACAUCAACUCAUCCUCAGUCAACAGUCAAUACUGAUUCAGAGAGUAAUCCAGAUAGUCAUGACUCGAGUGAUGCAGAAACUGGAAAGAAUGAACAUUCUACUCUGUCAUUGGAUCAAGUGCAUACAAAAGGCUCGCCUUUUGUAAAACUGCUGUUGCCUUUAACGACCAAGGCUGGAUUCAAUCAAGUCUCGAUAUACAAACAGUCUCUUGCUUCACUGUCCAUCAAUGAUGAAUUAGCACAAUCUGUUCAGUUUUGGAGUGACCGGAUUUUGAAACUGCAGAUGGAUAAGCCUGUAGGUGAAAUGUACUGGACUUUGCUGAUGCUUGGAUCGGGCCAUUUUGCUGGUGCUGUCAUAGAUUUGAAGACUGGCAAAUCUAUUGUACAAAAAACAUUCCAUCGAUACACUACAAGAAGAAAGCAAGGUGGAGCUCAAAGCAGUAAUGAUGGAUCUAAAGGAAAUGCACACUCUGCAGGUGCAGGAAUCAGAAGAUACAAUGAAGCAGCAUUGCAGACUGAAGUCAGAGACUUGCUCAUUCAAUGGAAACCUCAUAUUAAAGCGAGUCAGGCAUUGUUUAUUCGAGCUACCGGAGCCAACAGAUCCACCAUAUAUUUUGACAAAAAUCUAGUAGAUAUAACGGAUCCACGGGUAAGAUCGUUCCCAUUUACUACCAUGCGGCCUACACAGAGCGAGAUCAUGCGGUGCUUUGUAGAGCUGUCUACAGUAAGAAUAGAUCAUGUCAAUGAGAUGCCAAGUGUAGAUACAGAUUUCACUCCAUCACUUUCUACUACAACUGAAAAACAAAAAAACCGUAAAAAGGACGAAUCUGUUCCGCCAGUGGUUCCAGAUCCUCCACCUCCUCAACACAUGCUUAAACUUUCUGAUUUCUGUAAACGUGGAAAAUCGAAUCUUUUGCAAACGUAUCUUGAUCAACACUAUGCAUCCAACUCUUCUGAAAUCAUCAAUUGCAAUCUUCCAGAUAAAUAUGGUGUAAGUCUUCUUCAUAUUGCAUCUGAAAACGGAAAUGCGAAUGUUGUGGAACUGUUAUUGGGAAUGGGUGCAGAUCCUACCAUAAAAGGUAUGAAUAAGAAGGUUCGAGCGUAUGAUGUUGCAAAAGAUAAACCUACACGGGAUGCAUUUAGACGGUUUAUGGCUAGGAACAUGGAAAAGUGGGACUAUAAGGAUGCACAUAUUUUUGAACCGCUGACUGCAGAAAUGGAGGAGAGGCAGGCUGAAAGAGAACGAAACAGGGAGCAACAACGACUCGUACAGUUGAGCUUGGAAAAGGAAAAAGAGGAAAAGGAACAGCAAAUCAAGGAGGAGGCUCAGCAAGCAAAACUCAAACAGAAAUCUGCAAAGAUGGGAUCUGGAACGAAUGUUGAUGGAUCUAAACGAGUUGGAAUAGUUAAACUUAGUCAUCAAGAACUCAACGUGAAUUCUAUGACACCAGAACAGCGUAUGCGUUUAGAUCGAGAGAAGCGAGCAUUGGCAGCAGAAGCACGGAUGAAGUCGAGUGCAAACAAGUGCAGUGCAUGUGGCAAAUCACUUGUUGGAAUAACACCAUUUGAGAAAUUAAACUUUAAAUACUGUUCGACAGAAUGCAUUCAGAAUAUUCAACUAAGCAAGAUGUUUGAGAUGAUAGAAACAUAG